CUCGCUAUAACUUUCUUUCAGCAUAUUACGAGCUCGAAAUGCCUAUUCAGGGAGCGGAAUUGGACGAGAAUGGGAAAAAAAUUCGAUAUAAAGGUUUAGGAUAUUUUAGAAAAGACAAACAGACUUAUUGUAUUCAAGAUGGUAAAAUAUUCCGAUGUGUUCCCAUUCCACCUAAAAAUCAGGUCCGACAUGAGUAUAUAGAGCUAUAUUCUGAUGAAAUUGAGGCUCUUAAUCUAAAUGGUACCAGGGCCAAUCCAGAAGUCCUAGAAGAAGACUUAAAAAUCCCAAAUCAAAAUAAUGGGGAUGCGAAUACGCAGUUUAAAGUGAAAGCAAACACGGGGUUGUCACAAGCUCAUCAAAACGGACACAGAAAACCUAAAUCUUAUGCCCAGGUCGUAGAAAGUCAUCUUUAUUCAAAAGAUAUUCAACAGAAAUAACUAUCUGAACGAAUAACAACCAUAGCUCAAUAACUGAAAACAGUUUUAAUAUUUUUAUAUAGUUUAAUGAUAAACUGGUCAAGUCAAACCUUUGCUGAAAUUUUAACAAACAUGAACUGGUGCAAAUGGUAGCUUUAUCUGUCCUGAUACCUAAAAACUUCGUCUUAAUCCAUUGAAAGUAACUGUUACCUAUAAGACUGUGUAGGUUGUAACUAUACAAUUACUAUAUACAUGUACCAGCAAGUAAU